GAGGGGUUGUGUUCCCUCUUUUACCCUACUAUCCUCUAGCGCCGCCCGGACAUCGUGCUGGUCGCUGGCACCAUGAAAAUUUGGACGUCAGAGCAUGUUUUUGACCACCCUUGGGAAACAGUUACAACAGCUGCUAUGCAGAAAUAUCCAAAUCCUAUGAAUCCAAGUGUAGUUGGAGUUGAUGUAUUAGCCAGACAUAUAGAUCCCACUGGAAAAUUGCAUAGCCAUAGACUUCUUAGCACAGAGUGGGGAAUGCCUUCAAUCGUAAAAUCGCUUAUCGGUGCAGCAAGAACUAAAACAUAUGUUCAGGAACAUUCUGUAGUUGAUCCUGUAGAGAAAACAAUGGAGCUUAAAUCCACUAAUAUUUCAUUUACAAAUUUGGUUUCAGUAGAUGAGAGACUUAUAUAUAAACCACAUCCUCAAGAACCAGGAAAGACCAUUUUGACUCAAGAAGCCAUUAUUACUGUGAAAGGAGUAAGCCUUAGUAGUUAUCUAGAAGGGCUGAUGGAAAGUACAAUAUCAUCUAAUGCUAAUAAAGGCCGUGAAGCAAUGGAGUGGGUAAUUAACAAAUUAAAUGCUGAGAUUGAAGAGUUGACGGCUUCAGCAAGAGGAAGCAUGAGGACACCGAUGGCAGCGGCAGCAUUUGUAGAGAAAUGAUAAUUGGCUAUUUAUAUGAAACAUUAAUAGGUCCACCAGGGUCUCUCCAAGCUGGUAACAUAUUUAUUCAUAUUUGUUAUUUAAGAGGCAUAUCUGUAUUUUAGAUAGGUAUUCAAUUAGCUUGGAGGAAGGCUGCAACUUUUGAUGGAAAGAGGGAAAGGUGCAGGGCUUCCAAACACAUGGGAUCAACUGGAAUUAACAUAACCCAAAAAUAUCAUGCAAUAUCAAGUUUCCAAUUUUCUUGAAGAUUUAAGGAUAUUUCAAAUGGAUACUUUGACCAGAAACUGGCAUGUUGAAUAUCUCCAUAAGAUUGAAUUUUACAGCAUUUAAUUCAUGAGACUAUCCGGUUUUGGACCAACUCCAAAAAGAAGCAGAGGUACCUUUUUAAGCAUGACUGCCCAAGCAGUUUUCAUGUUCUAAUAAUUUCCUUUGGAAAGAGGGAGAGUAUAUUACUUGAAAUCCAAAUGCAGGCCUUUUAUCUAUACAGAAGUAACUAGCUAACUUGAAAUCCAAAUGCAGGCCUUUUAUCUGUACAAAAGUAACUAGCUUUGAAAAACUGUAGCAUUCUGAACUGGUACUUAAUUGAUAUUUUUGUAGUGAACACUAUAAGUAAAGUGAUAUGACUCCCAAUGUAAAUUUGAUUGCAUUAUUUUACAGAGUAUUGAUUUGCCAAAAUGUUGUGAUUUAAUACAGUCAUGAUCUAUCUUGAUUUUGCACUUGAGGACAUGUAUGUGAUUUAGAAUACUGAAUUCUGGACAUGUGAUGUUCACUUUGAUAUUUGAAAAGGAACCAAAAUGAAAAAUAAAAGUUAUUACCUGAAUUUAGGAGCAUCAUAAAAUUUAAGCUACAACAGCUAUUUGCAUCCUUUAAGCAUUUCAUAUAAUGCUUAAUUAACUUGUGCAAAAAUGACUGAAUCAUGCAUCAAUAAUUGGUACAGCAUGAUAUGUCAAAUUAUUUGACUGCAAAAUAGCAAAUGGCAUCUUUUUAUUGUAGUAAUUGACCAUAAGCAAGUCUUUUUUACGUGCAGAUCCAUGGAUCAUUUGAUUUAAUUUCUAGUCUGAUUUAAAAUAUAAAUCCUAGGUCCUUUAGCUCUCUUUAUAAUCCUAUGGUGCCACUGCCAAAAGAAGGAACUUGGCCACAGCUAAGCCACUAAGGGAAGACUGCACUGAAGCUUUUAUUUGUGGGAAGUCCUUCCUUUUGGCACAAGAGGGCCAACUGGAAUACAGAAAACUAUUCCAGAAAAUGCUGUAUUUUGUUUAAUAUUUCAAGGCAGAUAAUUAUUAACUGCUAAAUAGUAUUUUCUGGUUCUUGUAAUUAUUUCUGUAAUACUGGUUGCAUAUGGAGUAUUCUAAAAGACAGUUAGAGCUUGCCUUUAACUGUGUUUAACCUAAAUUGGAACUUCUGUAAAGAUUUCCUACACUCUAGAGGUUUCCAUUAGAAAAACUACUGUGUAUAUACAUAAGCCACAGAAACAUAAGUUUACCAAACUAUUUAAAAAUGAGUAUUUUUUCUAUUUAAAAUAUUGUUUAGCUUGAGACUUUGUUAGUACAUUUGUAAAAGCAACUCAGAUCCAUUAAGGUUUAUGAUUAUUUUUUGUAACAGGAGAUUGUUUUUACAACUAAAAUGGCACUUCUGCUAAACAAAAUAUAGUAAAUGUUAAUACUUGAUAAAAGUUGGCUGUGUAUAGUUUCUGUAUGUUGGACUUGUUCAGAAAAAAGUGUAAUGAAUGCUCUAAUGAUAAAAUAUUUCUAAACAA